AUGGUUGUGAUCAAUCUCUCUCGCGGGUGGCCCAACCCCGCCUUGCUGCCCACCGCCGCCUUGGCCACGGCCUCCGCCACGGUCCUCGCCUCCCCGCCCAUCUGGCAACCAGCCUUACAAUACGGCCCUGACGAAGGCUUCCAGCCGUUGCGCGAGCACGUUGCUCACUGGCUCACCGAGUUCUACCAGCCACGGAGCCCCAUCUCUGCGGAUCGCAUCUGCAUUACCGGAGGGGCUAGCCAGAAUCUUGCUUGUAUCCUCCAGGUCUUCUCGGAUCCGCUCUACACACGCAAUGUCUGGAUGGUUGCCCCCACCUAUCACUUGGCGGGACGCAUCUUCGAUGACGCUGGCUUCGCCGGCCGGCUGAGAGCAGUGCCUCACGAUGCGGCGGGCCUGGAUUUGGCUUAUUUGCGACAGGAGUUAGUUGCAGCUGAAAACAAGGCGUUGCAUGAGCGGAACAUGACACCGGAAUACAAACCCGCGCGACCAUGGAGAAAGAUCUAUAAGCAUGUCAUCUACGCCACGCCAACCUUUUCUAACCCGUCCACCCUCACUCUGUCGCUGUCCGAUCGCGAACAGUUGGUUCGUUUGGCGCGAGAGUUCGACGCCUUGAUCAUCACCGACGAUGUUUACGAUUUCCUCCAGUGGUCGGCAGAUCCAGCUGCACUGGAGUCACCGCUGGAACACGCACAGCUGCCACGACUUGUGGACAUAGAUGGAUACUUGGAUGGCGGUCCUUCUGAUGAGUGGGGCAAUGCAAUCAGCAACGGGAGUUUUAGCAAGUUGAUCGGAGCUGGCAUGCGAACGGGAUGGGCGGAGGGAACAAAAAGCUUGGCUUACGGCCUAUCGCAGACGGGUUCGAGUCGAUCUGGGGGAGCACCGUCCCAAUUUUCCGCCUCGAUGGUGGCGCAGCUUUUCCCCACGCGAGUCCUUCACAAUCAUAUCGCACAUGUGCUGCAACCUGCAUAUGCAGCUCGCUAUAGGCGGAUGAUGUCUGCUAUCCGUGAACACCUGGUCCCAGUUGGCGUUACCCCGACUUCUUCCGAAGGCAUCGUAGGUGGGUAUUUUAUCUGGCUGAAAAUGCCGGCGUCUCUGGGAGCCACGGAAUUAGCCACGCUCGCGCUUCAAGAGCAUGAAGUCGAGGUGGCAGCAGGCAACAUGUUCCGAGUGCAGGGCGACCCGGUGACGGAGAAGAACGACUUUGAUGACGGGAUGCGUCUCUGCAUUGCAUGGGAGGAUGAGGAUAACCUUGAGGAAGGAGUGCGACGACUGGGGUGCGCCAUACGCCAAGCCCUGCAAAACCGGUGA